GACACACUAGAACUGGGAGCAAAGGGUCAUCCGCUCCCUCAUAGCCGCGCGCAGCCCACCGGUCUUAAAAUAGCGGGAGUGGUGCCGCCGAGACCCAUCGAACGGCACGGGAGCGCUUCGGCUCGUAGCCGCGGUUGCGCCGUCGCCCCGGAGCUUCCUCCAAGGACAGUGGACUCGACCAAAGCUCGUCGUCGUCCGGCUCUACCAAAGCCAGGAUCAGCAGCGCAUAGGACACCCAUAAACCUACCAAAGCGAGACGGACGAUGGCCACAGAGUUCGCACCGACCGAAAUUUUCCACGCGGCGGCCAGCGGCGACGCGCGGCAGGUCCAAGAGUGGCUCGCAGGAGGAGGGGACGCCAACGCGCCCUUUCAUGUGGAUCAUGACUUUCAAUACGCACCAAGAAUUCUCGAGUAUGGGCUGCGCCUCCUGGGGGUCGCAGCGGGGCACGGACAAUGCGAGGUCAUCAAACUACUUCUGGCGGCUGGUGCGGACGUAAAUCAUUCUCUCCGCUCACAGCCCGGUAGAGAUCCUCACCAUGCUCUGCUGAUAGCUCUAACGUACCGGCAGGUCGAAGCCGUACGGAUUCUUGUAGAUAACGGCGCGGAUGUCAAUUACGACUCCAACAAUCCGGAGCGCCGCGAGCCUCCACCUGAAUGCACCCAGCCGACUUGUAGCGUCGCUAUGUCAGCUGUAUGUGGGCACCCCGGCAUUUUGAUGAUGCUACUCAGGGCAGGCCUCAACACGGCAGCGCGCAGUUGCCAUACUGUAUGGGGCUUGAACGAUACCCCCGAGGAAUUCGCCCGACGUGGCUUGGAGAUGACACGGAACGAGGAAAGAUUAACGAAUCAGCACCGUAGAUACGAGAAGUCGUUGGAGAUUCUGGAACGCCUACGCCUCGCGGAGGAUCACAUCUUGAGCGUGUCUAAAGAGUUCCCCCCGUUCAAAACCCUGCUAUGGAACGUCGCGUUUAGGACCGGUGGAAGGAUCGGACCGCGAACGACCGACGCGAUCUCGCGGCUAUUCGGACACAACAGGACCGGUGCGCUGGCCGACGUUCCCGACGGCGUCUUCUGGCUCAUCGUGCAGUUCUUCGUCGCUGGGGAAAUGAGACCGCACGUGAAUCCCCCUGUGUUGUCGUGAACGAAGUCCCCCGCCCUUGCACCAGAAGUAACACAAAUACACGUUAGGCCU